AUGCGACCUCCCGCGCUCCGGUUGCCAUCGCCGCGGUCGCCGGCCGCGCAGUGCACUGUCGGCACCGCGUCUCUCUCUGUGAUCAUCCCUGCGUACGACGAGGCAGAGAGGCUUCCGCGCACGCUCGAGGAGUCGCUCGCUCACUUGUCGACCACCCGGCGCGGCCCGUGGGAGAUCAUCGUGGUGGACGACGGCUCCCACGAUUCAACUUGCGAGUUCGUCGCAGCGCGGCUGGCGGCGGAGCCGCGGCUGCGGCUCCUCUCCUCCGGCCGUGGGGCCAAUCGCGGCAAGGGCGCUGCCCUCGCCGCCGGCGCGGCGGCGGCGCGAGGCGACCUCCUGCUCCUCCUCGACGCGGACGGCGCCACGCCCCUUUCGGCGCUGCCCGCGCUCGAGCGGCGGGCGCGCGAGCUCUUCCCGUCGCUGCAGAUCCGCGGCUGGGCAUACGAUGCCAGAGGCUACCGCAUCGCCUCGGUGCCGGUGGCGUGGCGCGACGUCGAGGGGUCGAAG